AUGUCCAACUCAAGGUACUCACAACUAGAAAAUGAUAACGAUCAAAAAUUGAAUACGUUAGCCAAUAAACUGGCUACAUUUAGAAAUAUAAAUGAAGAUAUAAACAAUCAAGCUGUUAAUGAUAAUGCUUUGUUGAGUCACAUAUCUAAUUCUUUUGACUCAUUAGCUAACAAUAUAAGAAAUACGUCACAUAGGCUCACAAGGACCCUAAAUGCAGGUAAUAAUAUAUGGAAAAUGGUAGGUUUGGCAUUAUUGAUAUUUUUUAUCAUAUAUAAUUUAUUUAAAUUAUUCUAA